AUGUUUAAAAAAUUGUCUAAAGAGGACGUUCAUUCACGUUCUAACGUUAAAUCUUCUGUACAAAGAGCAAUGAAAUCAAAACUAGUAAGUCAAUAUCCCAAGUUAGAAGAAGUAAUUGAUGAGUUAAUCCCUAAAAAAUGUUUAUUUGAGCUAAUUAAGUGUGAGGAUAAAAUCCAACUAUAUAGAGUCAAUGGAGAAAUUUUAUUUUUCCAAAAGUUUGAUGAAUUAAUCCCAAGUUUAAGACUAGUUCACAAAUUUCCAGAAGCUUUCCCCACUGUUCAAGUCGAUAGAGGUGCUAUUAAAUUUGUGCUAAGUGGUGCAAAUAUCAUGUGUCCAGGUUUAACUUCUGCUGGUGGUAAAUUGCCUGAGAAGAAAGAUGAUGAAUUGGAUAAAGAUACCACUGUAAUAAUUAAUGCGGAAAAUAAAGAAAACGCUUUGGCAAUUGGUAAAUUGUUAAUGUCUACUGAGGAUAUCAAAUCUAUUAAUAAGGGGCAUGGCGUAGAAAUGAUCCAUCAUUUAGGUGAUUGUUUAUGGAACCUGUCAAUUGACUAA